GUUGCAUGGAAUGGAAGAGUUAACCAAAGGGCGCACGUGUUUUUCUGUAGACUGAAGUACGAUGAUAGCGGACCACCAGCUGAUCUGAGUACAGGUGCACGCGGCGGCGUGACAGGUGCAUGUGCCGCUCCGGCGUUCCAUAUCCCAAGCAUCAGGUUAGGACCACAGGAGACACCAAUGACCCCCAACAAGUCCACGGGGAUCGGCUAGCUGGAGGCACGUCUGUGUUCUGGCCUCGUCCUCCACUCCUUGGUUUGUGUUCCGAUAUUGUGGAAAGGUUGGACCCCUCCGUCCGUUCCGUCCGUUCCGUCACCUCCGUCCGUUCCGUCCUCUCCGUCAUCUCAAUCUGGAACUUUUGGGCUCUCGUAUGUCUCCUGGCUCCUUCAACGUUGUCCACCUGGUGGAUGUGACUCGGACUCCGUCCAUAUCGCCUUUGUGUGGGCAGUAGAUGCGGCACCAACCACCUUCGGUGUGAUCGCAAGAAGGACCGUGGCACAGAACGGACUCAUGGGAUAAGGAUGCCGGUCCGUAGAGGUCACGUCGCCCCUCAAAACACCUUCCUGGACACCAUCAUACGCAAGUUUGAAGGACAAAGUCGGAAGUUCAUCAUCGCCAACGCCCGCGUGGAGAACUGCGCCGUGAUUUACUGUAACGAUGGCUUCUGCUCCAUGUGCGGCUACACCAGGGCGGAGGUCAUGCAGCGGCCCUGCACCUGCGACUUCCUGUACGGCCCGCGCACCACCUCCGGCGCCGUGUCCCAGAUCGCUCAGGCCCUGGUGGGAUCCGAGGAGCGUAAGGUGGAGAUCUCCUUCUACCGCAAAGACGGAAGCUGCUUCCUGUGUCUGGUGGACGUCGUCCCGGUGAAGAAUGAGGAUGGGACGGUCAUCAUGUUCAUCCUGAACUUUGAGGUGGUGAUGGAAAAGGAGCACCUGACGUCUCCCGGCAAAAACACCAACCACCGGGUGCAGUCCCACUGGUUCCCCUCAGGUCGCGGGAAGUCCUUCCGCCUGAAGCUCCCCACCUUAUUGGCUCUGACGGGCAGCAAGCAGUCCCUCCCCCAGGAGGACCCCGAUGUCGUGGUCGUGGACUUCAACAAGCACGCCGGUGACUCGGUGGCCCUGGAAGAUGUCGGCACGGCUCCGGCUGAGAACUGCAUUGGCUCUAGGCCCGAGGACCAGCAGGCGCUGAUCGGCGACGCGGAGACGAAGGUUUUCCCGGAGGGCGAUGGCGCUAAAGAUCCCGCGGGGCAAUCUUCACCCCGGGCGGAGAAAGAUCACCUGAACCUCGACAUGUCCUUCUCCAACUGCAGCCUCACCCGCUCCCGGGAGAGCUUCUACAGCAUCCGCAGGGCCUCCUCCGUGGACGAGAUCGAGGCCAUGAAGGUGGAUCUGGACAAGAAGUUCCGGAGCCGCAACUCCAGCACAGGUGCCAUGAACAACGUUCGAGUGAAUCUCCUAAACUCUACAUCAGAUUCGGAUCUCAUGAAGUACAGAACAAUCAGCAAGAUCCCGCAGAUCACCCUGAACUUUGUGGACUUUAAGGGAGACUCCUUCCUCACCUCACCUUCCAAUGAAAAGGAGAUCAUAGCGCCUACCAAGCUGAAGGAACGGACCCACAAUGUCACGGAGAAGGUCACGCAGGUUUUGUCCCUGGGAGCAGACGUCCUUCCCGAGUACAAACUGCAAGCCCCCCGUAUCCACAAGUGGACCAUCCUCCACUACAGUCCCUUCAAAGCCGUCUGGGACUGGCUGAUCCUCCUGCUGGUCAUCUACACGGCCAUCUUCACGCCCUACUCGGCCGCCUUCCUCCUGAACGACCAGGAAGACGUGACCAAUGAGAACUGCAGCUAUUCCUGCAACCCGCUGAGCGUGGUGGACCUCAUGGUGGACAUCAUGUUCAUCAUCGACAUCCUCAUCAACUUCCGCACCACCUACGUCAACACCAACGAGGAGGUGGUCAGCCACCCGGGCAAGAUCGCCAUCCAUUACUUCAAAGGCUGGUUCCUCAUCGACAUGGUGGCCGCCAUACCCUUCGACCUCUUGAUCUUUGGCUCCGGCACCGAGGAGACCACCACUCUGAUUGGCCUGUUGAAGACGGCCCGCCUCCUGCGCUUGGUACGGGUGGCCCGUAAGUUAGACCGCUACUCGGAGUACGGAGCCGCCGUCCUCUUCCUCCUCAUGUGCACCUUCGCCCUCAUCGCUCAUUGGCUGGCCUGCAUCUGGUACGCCAUCGGUCACAUGGAACACUACGACCAGGAAUAUCGAUCGAUCGGCUGGCUCUAUUCGCUGGGCACCCAGAUCAUGAAGCCGUACAACAACAGCAACAUGAAGUCGGGGCCGUCCAUCAACGACAAGUAUGUCACCGCCCUCUACUUCACCUUCAGUAGUCUGACCAGCGUGGGCUUCGGGAACGUGUCCCCCAACACCAACUCCGAGAAGAUCUUCUCCAUAUGCGUCAUGCUGAUCGGAUCGUUGAUGUACGCCAGCAUUUUCGGGAAUGUGUCCGCGAUCAUCCAGAGGUUGUACUCCGGCACCGCCAGGUACCACACACAGAUGCUGCGGGUCCGAGAGUUCAUCCGAUUCCACCAGAUUCCCAACCCCCUACGCCAGCGACUGGAGGAGUAUUUCCAACACGCCUGGUCAUACACCAACGGCAUUGACAUGAACGCGGUUUUGAAAGGGUUCCCAGAAUGCCUUCAAGCUGAUAUUUGUCUUCACCUCAAUCGGAGUCUUCUGCAGAACUGUAAGCCCUUCAAAGGGGCCACCAAGGGCUGCCUGCGGGCGCUGGCCAUGAAAUUCAAAACCACUCACGCUCCUCCGGGUGACACGUUGGUGCAUGCGGGCGAUGUGCUCACUGCUCUCUACUUCCUGUCCCGUGGAUCCAUCGAAAUCCUGCGCGGUGACGUCGUGGUCGCUAUAUUAGGUAAGAAUGACAUAUUCGGGGAGCCCAUCAAUCUCUACGCCCGGCCUGGGAAGUCCAACGCCGACGUCCGCGCCCUGACCUACUGCGACCUGCACAAGAUUCACCGCGAGGACCUGCUGGAGGUCCUGGACAUGUACCCAGAAUUCUCCGACUAUUUCUGGUCCAGCCUGGAAAUCACCUUCAACCUCCGAGAUACCAAUAUGAUCCCGGGAUCUCCGGCCAGCUGCGACUCGGAUAACGGAUUCAACAAGCUGAGGCGGAGGAAACUCUCUUUCCGCAGACGGACGGAUAAAGUACUUCCUCCCACAGAUGCCAAGACUGCCGGGGAGCUCAAGAAAGGUGAAAGGUCAAGCCGGCUGAGCGAGAACAACCUGGCCCCCGGGGACAAGAGUUGGGGUGAACAGCACAGCAGCGGGCCAUCCAGUUCCUCGUCCAGUGAUGACGAACAGCCAGCACCAUUGUCCAGCACGGUGGAGCUGUCCCCGACGAGGGCAACGUGCAGCAACUUUGCCGCACCGAUCGCGGGCGAGGGAGACGCAGAGCAAGGCACCGGGGACGUGUGCAAUCACCUGUCAGGAGCGUUUUCUGGGGUGUCGAACAUCUUCAGCUUUUGGGGAGAUCGAAACGGUCGUCAGUACCAGGAGCUGCCGCGGUGCACCAUCCCCACCCACUCCACCAUCAGCGCUCCUGUGCCUUCCAUAAGUCGGCGCCAAAAAUGUGAAUUGGGGAACCGGCUGGACCUCCUGCAGAAACAACUGAACAGGCUGGAGAGCCGAAUGGUGAACGAUAUAAACGCCAUCAUGCAGUUACUACAGAAGCAGAUGCUCCUGGGGCCCCCCGCCUACAGCGCCGUCUCCUCCCCCCCACAGAUGUCCAGCUGCCCGCCGUGUGCCGACCCGACACUGGCAUCUUCUUCUCAGGUUUAUGAUCGCCAGGACAUGGAGGGCGUAAAGUACAAAAUGUGUGAAAUGCCGCUGGCGCCCCACACUCUGAACGUUGAAGGAACGUCCAGCUCCCGGCGCCUGUCUCUUCCCGGGAACCUGGAGGACCCUCUGGACUUGAGGACCCCUCAGAGACAUUCGUCUGACCCGGGCAGUUAGGGGCGGGGGUGCAAGGGGGGCAGACUUUGGGCACAAGCCACGUUCCUGGCACCUGGGACGUCACGCCAGGAAAUCUUCGGUAGCACAGACACCCGACAUGCAGUAGGCGGACGGAGCGGGUGACAAUAACACGGAGCGGAAGCUCCAACGCGGAGAGAGAAGAAAUGCGGAAGAGCGAUAUUAAAGAACAUUUCUAUGAUAUCAGAGCCUCGGGCGCUCCUAGGAGGCAGUAUGCGGCAUGCAUGAUCCUGGGCUGCGGCUCACGCCACUCGCAAACCUUUUUCUCCUCUUCCUAUCACAUUCUGGCUGCCGUUCUGUAACAGCGACGCGAUGACGAUGUGUAACCAGGUAGAGUACACCGUAUAUCAUCCAAUGACUGAGGCGGCCAAUGUGGAGCCACCAUACCUUAGCAUCCUCUACGGGGGAAUUCCCACAUAAAGGGCGCACGCACUGUUCUGCGAUACUGAUUACUCCUCACAGCGGAUUGGAUGAACCCGACGGCCCCUUCCUGAGAAUGUCGAGCAUGACCCCCUCUAUGGGGGUCUCCAUGGAUGAGAACUGUCUUCCGAUAUAUAUGAGUGGAAUAUCUCAAUCACCAAUGUAGUCACCAUAAAUGUUUCUUCCAAUGCCGUCAUUCUGAUCACCGCCAUUCGUUGUCGCUCUUUGUCCCGUCUAACCAUUAACGCUUUCAGCUGUCAGAGGCCUCUGGGCCCCUAAUCACCACAAAUACAUGGAGAGGGGGAAGAGAUGAGGGAAUCGGACCCCAAUUUUCCACAGAUCAGGUUAUUCUUCUUCAGUAGGUCUCCGAAUUCAUCAAAUAUUAAACUAUCCGAUCCAUGGAUGACUAGCCAACACAUAAACCCGUUCCCUAGGAUCCAGACACAAAACGGCACACUGAAGAAUUCAGAUAAAAAGACCGUCUGCUAGAUAGAAAUAGUAAAUAUUCCACCUAAAGUGACUUGAUCAGGACAUAUCUCCAGAAAUAAUCCUUCCAAUUGAACACCAAUGGUUCCACCAAUUGAACACCAAUGGUUCUACCAAUGGAACACCAAUGGUUCCACCACUGGACUACCAAUUGAACACCAAUUGUCCCACCAAUUGAACACCAGUGGUUCUACCAAUGGAACACCAAUGGUUCUACCAAUGGAACACCAAUGGUUCUACCAAUGGAACACCAAUUGAAUACCAAUGGUUCCAUAAAUGGAACACCAAUGGUUCCACCACUGGACCACCAAGUUAACACCAAUGGUUCCACCAAUUGAACACCAGUGGUUCUACCAAUGGAACACCAAUUGAACACCAAUGGUUCCACAAAUGGAACACCAAUGGUUCCACCACUGGACCACCAAUUGAACACCAAUUGUCCCACCAAUUGAACACCAGUGGUUCUACCAAUUGAACACCAAUGGUUCCACAAAUGGAACACCAAUGGUUCCACCACUGGACCACCAAUUGAACACCAAUUGUCCCACCAAUUGAACACCAGUGGUUCUACCAAUGGAACACCAAUGGUUCCACCAUUUGAACACCAAUGGUUCUACCAAUGGAACACCAAUGGUUCUACCAAUGGAACACCAAUUGAACACCAAUGGUUCCAUAAAUGGAACACCAAUGGUUCCACCACUGGACCACCAAUUUAACACCAAUUGUCCCACCAAUUGAACACCAGUUGUUCUACAAAUGGAACACCAAUGGUUCCACAAAUGGAACACCAAUGUUUCCACCACUUGAACACCAAUUGAAUACCAGGUCACACCAACUGGAAACACUCUCUUUAGGUAGCAAAAGGAUAGGUGUCACCAUGAAUGGAAACUUCUGAAGUGGACAUGACAAGAACCAUGGAGCAAGGAACUACAAAAAAUGCCCCAAAGGCUGUAGAGAAGAAGGGACCAAAGUUGUAUCCUGGUUUAGUUUCAGGGUCGUGCCCCAUCAUUACAAUGGAGGGGGAGGUACUAUGGAAGCCUUCAGAUAGGCUAGGGAGGAUUGCUGUUGGUGCCCAAAUGAGCUCCAUGGCAUCAGGAAACCAGAGCUUGUGAAUGAGGAGCAUAAAUAAAACCCAGAGCUGUCUUUGACGAAGUCCUGCGGCCUUGGAGUCUGGAAAUGCACCGCCACUCACCCAUACGUCCUCCCUAGCCUAUCCGAUGGGCUUUCAUCCGCUCUGAUGAAGGGGCAAGGCCAUGAAAUUAAACCAGGAUACCACUUCGGACCCCUCUUCUCUUAUAGCUCUUUGGGGCAUUUUUGUAGUUCCUGGCUCGAAGGUCGUUGCUGUGUCCACGUCAGAAGUUUCCAUCCAUGGUGACGGCUCUCCUUUUCCCGGCUAAUUAAUGAGGGUGUUUCCACCAAUUGUAGAUGUGUCCUGGUGUUUUAUUGGCGAGGUGUUUUCUUGUGAUAUGGCUUGUCGCUUUAUUGUAAGAGCAAUUUUACCAUUUUUAUCUAUUAUUCUGUGCGUUUUUUGAUGUUUUUCUCUCUUGCACAGCCUUUUGUUAUAUACAGAGUUGGCAAGGAUGAACACAUUUGCCUUGUUUCCAGUAAAUCACGGUACAUUUGA